AUGAAUGUUCUAGAAAGAGUCAAGAAAGGGAGCAGUGGCCCGACCCUGCUCAACCUCCUCAGCUUAAGUGGAAAGUACUUGGUGACAAUACCAGCCCAGCUUGCCUUCCCCUCCACACAGAAGGUUUGCUUGGAUCUGAGCCCUGGGAACUACGAUGUAAAAUUCACUAUUACCCUGGAGACCAAGGAUAAGACACAGAAGUUGCUAGAACACUCUGGAUUGAACAAGAAGAACUUCCACUGUAUCUCAUUUUCAGUCCCCCCACCAGCUGGUGGCAUGGAAGAAGUGGCUACAAUUCGAGUGUCAGGAGUUGGAAAGAAGCUCAGGUUUGAAGAGGAGAAAAAGGUUCUAAUUCAGAGGCAAGGGAGCGGCACGUUUGUGCAGACUGACAAACCUGUCUACACCCCAGGCCAGAAAGUGCUUUUCAGAAUUGUCACCAUGAACAGCGACUUCAUCCCAGUGAAUGACAAGUACUCCAUGGUGGAGCUGCAGGACCCAAAUACCAACAGGAUUGCACAGUGGUUGGACGUGGCACCUCGGCAAGGCAUCGUAGACUUAUCCUUUCAACUGGCACCAGAGGCAACGCUGGGCACCUAUACAGUGACAGUGGCUGAGGGCAAGACCUUCAGCACGUUCAGUGUGGAGGAGUAUGUGUUGCCUAGGUUCAAGGUAGAUGUGUUGGAACCAAAGCAGUUAUCAACUAGGGAGGAAUUCUUCUCUGUAAAAAUCUGUGGCAAGUACACAUAUGGAAAGCCUGUUCAAGGGGCAGUUAAGGCCUCCGUGUGUCAGAAGGCAUACUCUUACUGGUACGGAGAAUCAGACCAGGAACAGCCAACUGAUAAAUGCAGAAACCUCUCAGGACAGACUGACGCAGCAGGGUGCUUCUCCGGCUCUGUGGACAUGUCUACCUUCAAUCUCACAGGGUAUAUGUACAGCCACAGCAUUAACAUCGUGGCUUCCGUGGUGGAGGAAGGGACAGGACUGGAGGCCAAUACCACCCGGGACAUCUACAUUUCCUCAAAGAUGGGAUCCAUGACCUUUGAAGACACUAAUAAUUUUUAUUACCCCAGUUUUCCCUUCAGUGGGAAGAUAAGAGUUAGAGGCCAUGACGACUCCCUCCUGAAGAAUCAUCCGGUAUUCCUGGUGAUUUACGGCAAAAAUGGAACCACCAACCAGACGCUAACUACCGACAAUGAUGGCCUUGCUCCCUUCACACUGGAUACAGUCUCCUGGAAUGCAACAGAUAUUUCUCUGGAGGGCAAGUUCCAGCUGGAAGAUUUGGUAUAUAAUCCAGAGGAAGUGCCUCAUUACUACCAAAAUGCCUAUCUGUACCUUCGUCCCUUCUACAACACCACCAGAAGCUUCCUGGGCAUCCGGCGGCCGAGUGGCCUGGUGAGGUGUGGCCAGACCCAGGAAGUUCUAGUGGACUAUUCCAUUGAUCCAAAGGAUGCAAGCCCAGACCAAGAAGUCAUCUUCUCCUACUAUACAAGCCUCCUCUUGGAGAUGAGCCAUCAGGACCUGAUAAGCGGAGAGCUGCUAGAACUGAAAAGCUCCUUCUCCUUCCCUCUGACCUUCACCUCCAGAAUGGCGCCUUCCCCCUCCCUCGUCAUCUACACUGUAUUUCCCAGUGGAGGCGUCAUAGCUGACAAAAUCCAGUUCUCCAUGGAGAUGUGCUUUGACAAUCAGGUUUCCAUUGGCUUCUCACCUUCCCAGCAGCUCCCAGGAACAGAUGUGGAGUUACAGCUGCAGGCAGCGCCUGGGUCCCUGUGUGCGGUCCGGGCUGUGGAUGAGAGUGUCCUGCUCCUCAGGCCAGAGAGGGAGCUGAGCAACAGCUCUGUCUAUGGGAUGUUUCCAUCCUGGUACAAUUAUUACCCCUACCAAGUGGCUGAAUAUGACGAGUGCCCAGCAUCCGGCCCUUGGGACUUUCCUCAACCCCUCAUUGAUCCUGUGCCCAGAGAGGGGCUGAGCAGGCACUCCAUCAUCUGGAGACCCUGGUUCUCCGAAGGCGCGGACCUGUUCAGUUUCUUCCAGGACAUGGGCUUGAAAAUCCUAUCAAAUGCCAAGAUCAAGAAGCCAGUAGACUGCAGUCACCACCCUCCACACUACAGCACUACCAUGGGCGGAAGUGGCGGUGAUGCCCCGAACACGGAGUUCGCCUCGCCAUCACCGCAGACACAGGGCUCCAAGGUCCGCCAGUACUUCCCAGAGACCUGGCUGUGGGAACUGUUUCCGAUCGGUAACUCGGGAAACAAGGUGGUCCAGGUCACAGUUCCCGACACCAUCACUGAGUGGAAGGCUAUGACAUUCUGCACCUCCCAGUCCAGAGGCUUCGGCCUUUCGUCUACUGUUGGGAUGACUGCUUUCCAGCCGUUCUUUGUUGACCUGGUGCUGCCUUACUCGGUCGUUCGUGGAGAAUCCUUCCGCCUUACAGCCACGGUCUUCAACUAUCUCAAGGACCCCAUGAGGGUUCAGACUCGCCUGGCCCCAUCAGAUGAGUACCAUGUGGACUCAGGGACAGAUUAUCAGGCCUCCAGCUGCCUGGGUGCCAACGAAGCAAAGACCUUUCACUGGAACAUCACGGCUGUCAAGCUGGGUCAUGUCAAUUUCACUAUUAGUACCAAAACUGUAGACAGCAAUGAACUCUGUGGGGGCCGGAAGGGGGUUGUCCCUAAUAGAGGCCAGAGCGACACGCUCAUCAAGCCAGUUCUUGUCAAGCCUGAAGGCAUCCUUGUGGAGAAGACUCACAGCUCACUGUUGUGUCCCAAAGGAGAGGUGGCUUCAGACUCUGUCUCCCUGGAGCUCCCUGAGGAUACUGUUCCCGACUCCGCCAAGGCUCACAUUACUGCUCUGGGAGACAUCAUGGGCACAGCUCUCCAACACCUAGAUGGUCUGGUGCAGAUGCCCAGUGGCUGCGGGGAGCAGAACAUGGUCAUUUUUGCUCCCAUCAUCUACGUCUUGCAGUACCUGGAGAAGACAGGGCUGCUGACUGAGGAGAUCAGGUCUCGGGCAGUAGGCUUCCUGGAGAAAGGGUACCAGCAGGAACUGAUGUAUAAACACAGCAAUGGUUCAUACAGCGCCUUUGGGGAACAGGAUGGAAAUGGCAACACAUGGUUGACAGCCUUUGUCACAAAAUGUUUUGGCCAAGCUCAGAAAUUCAUCUUUAUCGACGACAAGAACAUCCAGGAUGCCCUCAAGUGGAUGGCAGGAAACCAGCUCCCCAGUGGCUGCUACGACAAUGUGGGAAAGCUCCUGCACACAGCUAUGAAGGGUGGUGUUGACGAUGAGAUUUCCUUGACUGCUUACAUCACAGCUGCACUGCUGGAGAUGGGAAAGACCGUCAAUGACCCGAUGGUGAGACAAGGUCUGCAGUGCCUCAGGAAGUCUGUCACCUCCACUAGCAACCUCUACACCCAGGCCCUCUUAGCUUAUACCUUCUCUCUGGCUGGAGACAUGGAAAUCAGAAGUGCUCUUCUUCGCAAGUUAGAUCAACAGGCCACUGUCUCAGGAGAAUCCAUUCACUGGAGCCAGAAACCUGCAGUUUCAGAUACUAGUCCUUGGUCUGAGCCUAAGGCGGUGGAUAUAGAGCUUACAGCCUAUGUAUUGUUGGCCCACCUCAUCAAAGACAGCCUGACUCAAGAGGAAAUAGCCAAGGCCACUAGCAUAGUGGCUUGGUUGGCCAAGCAACGCAAUGCAUAUGGGGGCUUCUCUUCCACUCAGGAUACUGUAGUUGCCCUCCAAGCACUUGCCAAGUUUGCCGCUAUUGCCUACGUGCCAUCCGAGGAAGUCAGCGUGGUUGUAAAGUCCACUGAGAAUUUCCAUCACACUUUCAACAUAAAGUGUGCCAACAGACUGGGCCUGCAGCAGGAGGCACUGCCCAUGAUCCCUGGAGUGUACACUGUGGAGGCCUCAGGCCAGGGCUGCGUCUAUGUGCAGACGGUGUUGAGAUACAACAUUUUCCCUCCUAACAUCCCGGAGAGCUUUAGCAUUCAGGUGGAAACGGGAAAAGCUAGUUGUGAAAAACUCACGUUGCCUCGGUCCUUGACUCUCACUAUUCAUACCAGUUACGUGGGGAGCCGCAGCUCUUCCAACAUGGCCAUUGUGGAAGUGAAGAUGCUGUCUGGGUUCAGUCCUGUAGAAGGCACCAAGCAGCUACUUCUGCAGCAACCCUUGGUGAAGAAGGUCGAGUCCGGCAAAGACACACUUAACAUUUACUUGGAGGAGCUCAAUAAGAAGACUCAGACUUACACUUUGACCAUCAGCCAAAGUGUGUUGGUCACCAACCUGAAACCUGCAACCAUCAAAGUCUAUGACUAUUACCUGCUGGAUGAACAGGCAAUGGCUCAGUACUCUGACCCUUGUGAAUGA